AUGGCAAAGAAAGCGCUUUUGAUCGGCAUUAACUACCCUGGAACCGCCGUGGAGCUACGUGGUUGUGUCAACGACGUCCGUCGGAUGCAGAGAUGUCUCAUCGACCGUUACGGUUUCUCCAACAAGGACAUAACGGUACUGAUCGACACAGACAAAUCAAGCAUCCAACCCACGGGCAAGAACAUCCGCGAGGCUCUCAAGAAACUCAUCGCUGAAGGAGAAGCUGGUGAUGUUUUGGUGUUUCAUUACAGUGGACAUGGCACGAGACUACCAACGGAGCAAGGCAUAUUCGACGCAACAAAUUAUGAUGAAUGUAUCACUCCUUGCGAUAUGAAUCUUAUAAUGGACGAUGAGUUUAGAGACAUGGUGGCAGAGGUAAAAAAAGGAUGUCUUCUAACAAUAAUCUCGGACUCUUGUCACAGCGGUGGACUCAUAGAGGAAGUAAAGGAACAGAUAGGUGAAAGCCACGUGAAUAAACCAAAAUCCAAGAUUGUUAAUUUCUUGGUUAGCAUUGUGAGAACCAUGCUAACGACAUGUGGGAUCUCGAAUGAUCAUCAAAGAGAAAGUAGUGGAGGAGGCCAAGAUAGUUUCACUAGAGAGAUCGAGUUAGAGGACGGUGAGACGGUCGAUAUGAAAACAAGAUAUCUACCUCUCGACAGCUACAUAAGUCUUCUCAAGGAACAAACCGGACAAACCGAUAUCAAGUACGGGAAAAUCAGAGAAACACUUGUUAAAGUAUUUGGCCAAGACUCGAGUCCGAAUGUUAUUCUCUCUAAUUCGAUGAAAAGAAAUGGUGACAGAGGGAUUCUUGGUAUUUUUAUAAGUAAGCGUGAGGUUAAUAAUACGGAUGGUGCAGUAUCUGAAGUUAAAAGUAAGGUUCCGAGCAACGGUAUUUUGUUGAGUGGGUGUCAGACAGAUCAAAGAUCAGAGGAUGUUUUCGUGACGAGAACUGGAAAAGCAUAUGGAGCAUUUAGUGAUGCGAUUCAGACAAUAUUGUCGGAGACGAGAAAGGAGAUAACGAACAAAGAGAUGGUUUUGAGAGCUAGAGAGAUUCUCAAAAGACAGAGGUUUAGUCAACGGCCAGGAUUGUAUUGUCAUGACCGUUAUGUUAAUAAACCGUUUAUUUGCUAA